AAUAUCAGUGUCACCCUUUACUCCAUAGGGCUGUUCACCCGGUCUUCCAUGCCUUUCUUGGUCGGACAAACCCAACCGGCCUAUUAUUAUCGUAAUAUAAUGGCAGAUUCUUCAAGUGAUCAGAAAGCUUGCAGAACUGGAAGCUACAGAGACUUUAUCGGUCGUUCACUCGCUCACCCGCUUUGCUCAGCAUGCCCUCUCCCCCUUUUUAGGUGGGGGAGAGGUCUGUUCGGCGCAAGGGCAAAAGCAGCAAUAUUGAAAUCUGGGAUAGCAGGUUUUAAAGCUCUAGAGCAAGUAAGUUUUGAAGCUAUCCAUAUAGAUCAAGGGAUAAUUACAGUGCUAAGUCCAUAUAGUAUGAGUUCAUAGCUAGGAAGCCAAUCUAGGCUAGGAUAAGUUGAUAGGUAAUAGAUUGCGGGUUAAUAAGUGAAUCCUCCUUUUUUUGAAGUAUGCCUGUUCCUCUUCUAUGUUCUGUGUCACCGCAGGGUAAGCAAGGGCAAGGGUAAGCGCAAGAAUUUUUAUUGAAAGCUGUAUUAGGUGGUAUAUUUUUUUUUCAAGCGUUAGUUUGAAAGUCUUUCAAAAGCCGUAUCUUACUCUAUCGAAUGCCCCUUUUUAAACUAGAUCUUUUAGGAAAGCUAGCCACUCAAAGGAAUAAAGCAAGUGGGCAAAAAGAAUUCUUAUUUGCUCUUCUAUUUCCGGAGCACUCUCUCAUCGUUAGACCUAGCAGGGAAUGAAAUGAAGGUAUUAAAAAAAACCAUAUGAUGAUAGGAGUCCGUACUCCCUUGGAUAGCUGAUUCUAGGUCCUAAGGAUAGAGGCUAGCCAGUUCCCUUUUUGGAGGUUCAGUGCUAGGGGUUGAGUUCAAGUUGUAGUUGCGUUCCAUGCAUAGGAUGUUAUAGGUUACAGGUUCGAUACAUUUCCAGUGGAGUAGUACAUUCCAGUAGAGUCUUUCCUCUAGAUAGAGGACAAGGUUCCAGUGGAGGCAAUCUAGGCUCCCAACUAUAUGGAUUUUCCUUAGUUGCUCUUAACCCAGCUCUCAAGUUAGCUCAGGACGGGAGGCUAUGAAAUAGUUGAAAGCAGAUGCUGAAUUAGAGACAGUAGAUCCAGUAUCUCUUACAGAUGAAAGAAAGGAAGCAGAGAAUGAAGAGAGGAUGUGACU